UCCUGCCUGACUGUAGUACUCAUCCAUACUACUACUACUCAUUCACCGUAUUCCUGGUGUCGCAGACUUCUGUGUGUUGGUAUAUUAUGAGCGGAGUGAGUCCUCCUCCACGCGGACGAUCUGUGGACGGAGAGUGGAAAGUACUGCGCACGCGCUCGGCGGGAUUAACGUGCGGGUAGAAAAGUGGCGCUGCUGCUGUGGCGCUCAGCUCCGGUGGUUGCCUUAGCAAUGGACGGGGAGUCAGAGCCAAACCCUGCCAUCGCAGAAGAGGCAGGGGAGCAGGUGGAGUCCAUGGAUGCCACACCCUCCCACGAGCAACAAACCACACCCCCUUCAGAGGAGGCUGGGGAGGCAGUUUCCAUGGUAACAGAAGAUGAAACCACAAAGGAGGGCGUCACAGAGGACAAUGAUGAUGAUGUGGUUCUGGUGGAGGAGGAAGAGGAGGAGGAGGAGCAGCAGCAGCAGCAGCAGCAGCAGGACGAGGAGGAGGAGGAUGCUCCCCAGCCUUCUGCCACAAGCCUUUCCCAAGACACGCCCAGCUCAGACGGCCUCGAGCCAACUGACGAUGUGGCAUCUGUAGACAUGUCCACUGCAGCGAUGCCUUCCAAGACCCCCAGUCCUCCUGCGUCUUCCAACGCAUCCACAGUGGAAUCACUUACAAAACCUCCAACCACAGCAGCAGAGCCCAUUGUCAUUGAUGAUGAGGAGGACUCUGAACAGAAAGAAACUUCCUCCUUCUCACCAGCACCUCCUGGAGUCUCCUCCAUAUCCCACUCGCCUGGUGCACUCAGCAGCACCGAGCCAGAUUCAGAGAUCAGGAUCGCCAGUGUCACCACGCUGGGCUCCAGUAGCCAGAAAGGAGAGUCUGCAGAAAAUUCUCCACCACAUCCAGCAGACGUCCAGGCAGACAUGAACCUGAUGAUAACCUCGGUGACAUCACUGCAGGAAGGAGUAGCAGCUGUCACAGCGGCAGGUGAAGGCCUGGUGGAGGAAAAUGGCCUGCAGAUAAGCAACGCCUUCAGCCUCAAUCCUGACACCCCAUCUGGCCGACCAACAGCCUCCUUCAACCCAGGGCGGGGCUCGGGCCCCAUGGGCCAGCUGGUACAGAAUGGAGACACUGGGACACACAACAGAGCAGAUUCAUGGAUCUCUCAAUCUGCUUCAGUCCCCCGCAACCAAAAACAGACCGGGGUGGACUCUCCGUCACCAGCCACCUCACUGCCCAAACCUCCAGGCCAGUCUUCCUCAUCAACUUCAUCCUCAGGCUCCCAGCCACAGCCCAGGACGGUCAAGGUGACCUGUGCUAACUGUAAAAAGCCUCUGAAGAAAGGCCAAACGGCUUACCAACGAAAAGGCUCCACUCACCUGUUCUGCUCAACCACCUGUCUAUCUGCCUUCUCACACAAACCUGCCCCCAAGAAGAGCUGCACUAUGUGCAAAAAGGACAUCACAAAUAUGAAGGGUACCAUCGUGGCCCAGGUUGACUCCAGCGAGUCUUUCCAGGAGUUCUGCAGCACAGGCUGCCUAGGCGCAUACGAGAACAAGCAAACCCCUCCAAAAUCGGGCCUGAAAACCAAAUGUACUGUCUGCGGGCAGCUCACAGAGUGUCGUGCUGUCACCACCACCGCAAAGAACCAGGGCGCAGUGGAUGAAGCCACACCUGCUCAGAUCCGGCACGAGGUUAGCUUCAAGACUGUGACGCACAAGAUCUGCAGCGACGCGUGUUUCAACGUUUACCGCAGGGCCAACGGGUUGAUCAUGAACUGCUGCGAGCAAUGUGGCGACUACCUGCCCACCCGAGCAUCAGCCAACCACUUUCUGCUGGUCGAUGGCCAACAGAAACGAUUCUGCUGUCACACCUGUAUCAGGGAGUUCAAGCAGGCCCACAGCAAACUUGCGAGUUGCGCGAGUUGCAAAACGCUGAUAAAGACGGGCGAGGUGCUCCACAGCCUCGGAGCGACUGGCACCAUGUGCUCCUUCUGCUCCGUCAACUGCAUGAACAAGGGCAAACUGACGUCGACCUCCUUCAUCAAUACAGAACCCUCAUGUCACUUCUGUAAGAGGAAUUCAUUACCGCAGUACCAGGCCACGCUGCCAGAGGGAAACAUCCUCAACUUCUGCAGCUCACAAUGUGUCACCAAGUUCCAGAAUGCUACUCUUCAAACAGCCACAAACGGACAGACGCCACUCUCCACUACAAACAACACAGUCCAACUGAAAUGUAACUACUGUCGAGGAGCAUUCAGUUUGAAACCUGAAAUUCUGGACUGGGAGGAUAGAGUCUUCCAGUUUUGUAGUAAGGCGUGUUGUGAGGACUACAAGAAGCUCCACUGCAUUGUGACGUUUUGCGAGUACUGCCAAGAGGAGAAGACGCUACACGAGACAGUCAACUUUUCUGGGGUCAAGAGACCUUUCUGCAGUGAAGGUUGUAAACUCUUAUACAAGCAGGACUUUAUCAAGCGUUUGGGUCUGAAGUGUGUUAGCUGUAACCACUGCAGCCAGCUGUGUAAGAGAGCUCUGACCCGGCAGCUCGGUGGCAUGACUCGGGACUUCUGCAGCGAGGCGUGUGCCAAGAAGUUCUACGACUGGUACCACAAGGCGGCGCGGUGUGACUGCUGUAAGGUGCAGGGUAACCUGACAGAGUCUGUGAUGUGGAGAUCAGAAGUGAAGCAGUUCUGUGACCAGGAGUGUCUGUUGAAGUUCUACUGCCAACAGAACGAUCCCAUCAUGGUCACACAGAGAGGCCCUGAGAACUCCGGCCUAGGGAUUGUAGCGCAAGGGGCCAAACCUGGGCAUGUGAACCAGGGCACUGUAGCAUACUCUGGUGGAGGUUUGAUGAGAGAUGUCAAGAACAAGGCAGUGCUCUGCAAACCGCUUACCUUGACCAAGGCCACCUACUGCAAGCCACACAUGCAGAGCAAACUUCUACAGACAGAUAUAGACGAUGGUGUGAAGAGGGAGUAUGUUCCUGUACCCAUACCUGUGCCUGUAUUCAUCCCCAUGCCCAUGAAUAUGUAUUCCCAGAUGACUCCCACUCCAGUCUCUCUGCCUAUUCCGGUUCCUGUGCCUAUUUUCUUGCCGACCACGCUGCAGGGGGCAGAACAGAUCAUCCAGACCAUCCGUGAUCUCAAAACCAAGUUGGCCUCUGACUCUCUGGAGGCCGAAUUAAUUUCCCUGGCGAAUAUGAUCGCAGAGGAGCAGAAGCCAGCAAAUGAUGAGAGUGAGCAGCCAACUGGCUCAGUUUCAGAUGUGAAGCCGGUAAAAGUAAAGAGGGAGUGUGAAGGGGAGGAUGCCUCCGGUAGCAGCUCAGAGAAAGAGGAAGACAAAGAAGAGGAGGAAGAAGAAAAGGAGGAGGAGGAAGUAGAAGGAAAAGAUGAGACGGAGGUGGAGGAGGAGGAGGAAGAAGAAGAAGAGGAGGAAGAAGAAGAAGAAGAGAAGUAUGAACCAGACCUGGACCUGGAGGCAGACUUCCCUCAAGACUCAGACCCUGUUCCAGUCUUUGAAGGAAUGGACGACGACAUGGGAUUCUCACUACCUCUAGUCUUAGCAGAAGAGAAGGAGGAGUCGGAAGAGUCGUCACCUCGACCCCUGCCCAUUAAAAAAGGGAACAAGAGGCUUGCGGUGGAGGAGGGCUCAGAUUCAGCCUCGUCCCCUUCUUCCAAUCCAGCGGGCAAACGCCCAGGAGGACGAUCGCUGCCUCUCAAAGCUCGCUAUGGCAUCAACGCCUGGAAGCGCUGGGCACUGUCUCGUUCUCACCAAUCAGAUGACACCAAAGUAAAAGAUGGAUCCAAACCAGCUCGGUCAAAAAGUAACUUGUUGUCGCUGAGUUCGGAGGAGCUGAACGGGGCUCUGUCCCGGUUUGUCAGUGAGGUCUGCCGGACCAAUGGGGAGCGCUACUCUCCAGACAGUAUCCUCUACCUCUGUCUGGGGAUCCAGCAGCACCUCCAAGCCAAAGGCCGGAAGGAUGACCUGUUCAGUGACAUUUGCUACCAGCAGUUUGGAGAGGAUCUGAACAAAGUGCUGAAGGACUGGCAGCCCAGCGUGCUUCCUGAUGGCUCUCUGUGGGGUAGAGUGGAGGAGCAGAGCCUGUGGAGCAGUGGGCAGCUCGGGGAGCAGAGUCCCGCUGCUCUGCUGCGUUCGCUGGUUUACCUGAACACCAAAUACUUCGGCCUGCGCACCGUGGAGCAGCACCUCCGCCUCUCCUUUGCCAACGUCUACGGCCCUGACACUGUCCAUCCUGUUACAAAGGAGACAAACGUCUGCAUCCGCGUGCCAUCCAUCUCUCAGGAUAACCACGUACAAACGGGGUCAAGGAAGAGGAAGCGGAAAUUGGAGGAGGGCGAUCAGGACGACGACUCGGGAGGCUCCACUGUUCGCUGCCCGGUUAAGAAGCACGAGUGUCACCUGUACGACCUCUACAGAUCAAAGUGCCCGACGUUGUUGCGGGAGCGUCUAGACAUCUUUUACGUUCAGCCAGAUCCGGCCUGCAGCCCCGACGAUCCGCUGUGGUUCUCCUCCACGCCGCUGGAGCGAUGUAUCCUGGAGAGCCUCCUCACCAGAGUCCUCCUGGUCAGGGACAUUUACACAGACAAACAACAACUAGAGGAAGAAGACGAGGAGGAAGACGACAGCUCUCAAGCUGCUGGGGGGGUAUAGAAGUCACUUUGGACUGUUAGUCGAGCGUGAACAUCAGCAGCAGAGGUGGAGCAGGAAACAGAGAUUAACUAGUAGCUUGUGUACACUCCUCCCCGCUGAAUUGCUGAUUCCUCCGGGUGAGGAAUGUUUGCAAAAGAGGCCCUGAACAGGUAGAGGCUGAUGACAGUGGUGGUGACGAUCGACUCGUCGUUCUGCUGAUUGACUACAAACAGGAUGAGAAGGUCAUUAAGCUAGACAAGACAAUUAUAUCUCCAGUCAUUAAACAGAAGAGGAGGAACAGGCAGGGAUACCCUGAUGUAAGGAUCUAGUUUGGAGGAGGAAGUGGUGGAGCUGUAAUCUGUUCUGCUCAAACUGAGUUAAAUCAGGUAUAAUACUUGAGUCCUAACAGUUAGCACCAUGAUAUUAUGGGUGGUCCUGUUGUGCAUUGCCAUCACUUCUGAUCAUGCAGCUUGUUUUAGUACUCAAACAAGCAGAUAUUUGAGCUUUCAAUAAUGCAGAAUCAUGCUUUAACAAAGUUUAUCAGGAGGCUACUAGGGGACGACAAGGGACAGGAAGCCAUGGAGUUAUUUCCUCUUCCUUUAGAGCUGUUUUGUCCUCGCCAUCGCUCCCUGUAUGAAAAGGAGCAAGAGGAGCGCAUGAGGUCUAGAAUAACUUAUAAAGUGAAUCAAAAAGGAAGGGAGAGGAAAGGGUCAGAUGCGACAACCAGCGGAGGAUGUCAGAGUUUCAAUGUCACAGCUGGUAGGUGGAACUUCCAUCUUAAUUCACACACAAACAUGUUCAUGUUGUGAAAAAUGGAACCGCCACAGGUAAAAUUAUUUUCUCUGGCCACCGUCGUCCCAACUUAACCACUGAUUGUUUGACAAAGUGUCUCAAAUGUUUAUUUGAAUGAAUGAUUAAACUCUAAAUAACAUUUGACAACACGACAAUUGUAACAAUGAGCUUUUGUCCACUGCUUCCUCACUUUUUUUAAUAUUUGAACAUUUCUAUCAUUUAAUGAAAGCAGUGGUGUAGCUUUGGUGGUUUAAUAGUUUUUAAAAGCCGUGCACACCCUCAACUGUUACUUUUGGCACAUGUCCCUACUUUUGGCACAUGUCCCAUCUUAUAUCAUAGAGGAGGCAGGGUUUAUCAAUGCUAGAUGGCAAACGAGGUGCUUUGGCUUCACUUUUAGGGAGCAGCCAUGGGAGAUGACACAAGCCAGGCCAAAAUUAACCAAAUCACUGGUGUGGGUUUCUAGGGUGAAGGUGGCGGUCUGUCCCUUAUUCAAGCGUAAGUGCAUCAUGAAAAUCUUCAGUUGGACUUGUUAAUCGCGUCUCAAAUCCAUCUUCCUCCCGGUCCUCAGAAUCGCACAUCUCCAUUAUUCUGGGCUGCUUUCAUUCCUCUUCAUCCUCCCGCUCCUCGCUGCUCUUCCUCUUGUCAGUUCUGCUCUCAGGCGAAACCAUUUCCCCACAGGACGAUCCCAGGCCAGAAAAACGGACGACUAUACCUCAGGUCGUCUCUUACUGGGUCUGGCUCGUUGUGGUAACCUACCACCAUGCUGCAUUUCUUAAUUAGGACACUAGGGGAACCUUCACUCAUGCCAUGUAAGCAUUACUUGUGUACUAAGCCCAGAUUGGGUUGUUUUGAAGUGUAAAUAUCUUCUGAAACAAGACAGUUAUUUCAGAUUGAAUCGACACAGACUGACAAACACACCCACUGAAAGCUUCAGUUUAAACCCUUUUUUAUAAAGACUGAAUAUUUAUUUCUCUUUAUUAGUUUGACUGGAUCAUCUGUGGACUUGGGAUUUUUUCAUAGGUGUCAUUUUCUGUCUGCCGUCAUUCAUAGAAAAUCCGCUGCAGCCUCACCUCUCUUCCAUUUAAGGGUUUCUGUGCAGCAACCUGCUUAACAUGAAGGAUGUUGAUUAUUCAGAACUCAACAGUCUGUUUUUCGGACUUUCCUUUCUGCUUCUGUCCAUGUGUUUGUUGUUUCUUGGUAUUUGAGUCUUAUUUGCACUAAAUAUUGAUUUAGUUGAAAUAUUCAGCAAUUGUUAAUUGCUACAGGACGGCAAGGCUUGUAUCAGAAUAAAGGAUUAGUUUAAAAUUAAACAAUUUUUUUCCAUUGGACUACAGUAUCAUUUUUCCUUUUAUAAACGUCCCCUUUUUUACUUCAUCGUUUUUUAUUUGAAUUGUCGUUCAAUAAAUUGGAGAAAGUGAGUUCAAAUCAAGUCAAUAUUAAUUGACGGAAAUUUGUUUCUACUUCUACUAUACAAGGAGAACCGCAACAGUUUUACACCUUUUACAAAUGUAUGCUUCCACAACCAGUGCCCAGAACAUUAGGAACACCCUCCACAGUCACAUCGUUUCAUUUUACCCAAAUGUUUUGCGCAUCUAAUGGUCUGGAACAGCAGUGUAUCAUUAAAGGAACAUGUGCUAACAGUGGAUUUAAUCGGACAAGAUUAAACCACUUUUACGCUUGACAAUGGAAGUUAAUGAAACUGACCCUGAAUUUGAAGAUCCCUUUGAUUUAAAACAGCCAUUUCCACCCCCUGCUGGACUCUGAGGCAGCCACCAAACCUGCCACAGGUUUGGACCUAAGCAUUAGCUGCUGUGGCUGGCUUCAAUGCCUAAUGUGAAUGUGCCUCUGUAAAUACUGAAAAUGAGUGAUUGUGACUUGAGUCUGAUGCUAUGUGUGUGGGCUGAUCUGCUGAUACGGUCAUGUUAAAUAAAUGAUUUCAUUUUCUAA